CAGUGGGCCUGAUGAGCUGGCCGUGCUUUCUCCAAUAUAAGCCAUUUGCAGGCGAAAGACCCGUGAAAACUUUCUGAAUUUUUGUUUCACAAAACUAGAAGGCUGAUCCUCGGAUGCCAUUGAAUAUUUCUGUGUUUCAGCAGUAAGUAAAAUACCAUCAAAAUGUCGACGUCGGCGGUUUUCGUUCUUGAUAUAAAAGGAAAGGUAGGUUGGCCGAACUCUAAGACUUUUUAUAUACCGUAAUAUUUUACAUUAAGACUGAGAAAGUUUUGAAGAACUGCUCGUACUUUUACUACCCAGGUGAUAAUUUCUCGGAAUUAUCGUGGAGAUAUUGAGAUGUCCUUGAUCGAAAAGUUCAUGCCUCUUGUGUUGGAAAAGGAAGAAGAAGGAAGUCAAACGCCCAUUUGCGUUCACCAGGAUGUUACUUUCGUAUAUAUCAAGUACAAUAAUCUCUAUCGUAUCCUUCUGUUUUUACGAUCAGGUGUUACUACAUCUGAGCAGUACGGUACAAAUUGUUUAAACGAGUUACGGAUGAAAAUUCAAGGCUUACCAGAGACUAGAUACAAGCGUAGUGUAAAUCAAAGUUUCUUUGGUAGAUCAAAGAUCGUGGCUUUUAUCAAAGGGGUGUUCCUUGUGCUCAGUGAGAUACGAGCAUACCAUUCGCUACAUAUCAGAGUGCAUUCGACAAUAAUCUCAUGCUGAAGUCGUUAAAAGGUUUACAGAAUCUGCUACCAAACCCCAGGUAACCAACUAUAAUUUUUCUUAAUGAGAAAUAGGGUCAGAUAAAUGAUGCCGGCAUUAUCCUGUACAUAAUGUUAUAAUCAGAGCAUCAAGCGUAAUAUCGGCAUAAUAUCUAAACUUCUUAAAAUUCUUGUUGUGUUACAUUUCAAAAGGAGAUAUACUCAGUAGCCGAGUAAUGAGCAUGCUUUCAUUAUUCAUUUUUGGAAUUUGAUCUUGUAAAAUUUUGUGUUCUGAACUUGGAUAAGACUUUUAUUCUAACCAAGUUUUACCUGUUGGUGGUAGGAAGGGGGGAAGAAAGGGGGAUUUGAGGGGGUCUGUGAACUAUUUAUUUGAAUCACUAAAUUGAGCAUAUUGAAAAAUUUGAGAAAAAUUAUCAGCAUAAUGUAUGUUUCUAGGGGUUAUGCUCAAAAGCACAAUGAUCAAAUUUUUCACCAUAAUCUAUCAGUGACACAUGCAGAUGCACCAUGUGUUUCCUUGUUGUUUGAUCAAGAUAACAACUUAAACCUGAUAAGUUUAAGUAUUCUCAUAACUUGGUCGCUGGAUAAUGUGUGAAUAUUAUAGGGAGAAGUUACAUGUUAAUCAUUUCUGGAAGUUAAAUAUCUAGGGUUAAGUGCUUUCACCAGAGUUCCUUGACUUCAGUUUCCAGUGGUAUCAAUGACAAAGAAGAAUGCAAAUGUGGCUUUGUUGUUUGUUUUCCUCCACAAGUUAGUGCAGGUAAAUAUUACUUGGAUGGGGUUGUCAUUAAUCCUUUAACUCCCAGAUCAAAUUUGUUAAUCUCCUUACUGUUAACCGUACAAUUCUUAGAAUGUUAGUUCAGAGAAUUUAGCAUUGGAUCAAUUAAUUAUCGCCAAAUUGAUAUUCUUCUUUAUUCUCAUUAGUUUUCUGGUUGAUAUUAUAUUGAUAUUGCAAGGAGAAAUUUUGUCUUGGUCACUCAUGAGAGUUAAAGGGCUAGGCACCAGCUACCAGGGAAAAUUGCUAAAUGAAAAGGAGGCAUUUGCCAGCUAAGGUUUUUAGAUGGAAAUUGCUCAGUAAAGCACCAUGGGCAUUCUGAGUUUAUGUACUUACACUUUUUCAAUAUCCCAGGCUAUCUUUGGGUGGCCUCACUUGAAAUUACAACAGGCAACCAAACUUCUUGCAAAUUUCAUCUUUAAUUAUAAUAUACAAUCAAGUUGGGUCUACUUCUUCCAUACAGAAAUUUGAUUUUAAUAACAAACAUAAACUCUUCUUGUUUAUUUUGAUUAAGAACACAUCAUGAUUUAGAUGUUAUGCAUUCACUGCAGGUGUUUACAGAAUACUUCAAGGAACUUGAGGAAGAAAGUAUCAGAGAUAAUUUUGUGAUUAUAUAUGAACUGCUGGAUGAGUUGGUGGACUUUGGAUAUCCACAGUUUACUGAGACAAAGAUCUUACAGGAGUAAGUAAUUUCUUUUUUAACUCUUUCACUCCUAAGAUCUCAUUGUUACCCAGUAUGUCUCCUUACCUUCCUCUCUACAAUUCUUUUAAAGUAAUUUUGGAGAAUUUGUUAUUAGAUCAACUUACAAUCCGCUAAUUGAUAUUAUUCUUUUUUCUGAACACUUCUAUGCUUGAAGUUAUGCUUGUAUUAUAUGGAAAAAUUCUCUCUUGGUCACUCAUAGGAGUUUAACCCUUUAACUCCCAAGAUCUCAUUAGUAAUUCUCCUUAGUGUCUGCCAUACAGUUCUCAUGAUGUUAGUUUGGAGAAUUUGGUAUUGGAUCAGCUUAUAAUCCCCUAACUGAUAUUUUUCUUUAUUCUCAUCACUUGUCUGCUUGAUAUUGUAUUGAUAUUGUAAGGAGAAAUUCUGUCUUGGUCACUCAUGGGAGUGAAAGGGUUAAGGGUUAAGUGGCCCUGAGGUGGAAAAAGGUUGUUAUUGUUCUCUCCUUUAAUUCCUAUUUUAUUCAGAGAAAAUGCAUCAUGCAAAAUAUUGCACUUCAAGCCAUAAUAUAAGUUUGAUUUUGUUUGCAACAAUAUAUCCCUUGCAAACUCUGCCAUGACCAGAUUUCCUUCCAGUCAAGUUAUAGCAAGAGAGUAGGAUUAAAAAAGAAAAUAGUAUAAAAGAUUUAUAAUCUUCAAUUUUCAGUAUAGGAACCAACCAAUUUAGGAUGUGAAGUGAGAUUAUAUUCCCAAGAUCUGAUUGUUAAUCCUCUCCUCCAAUAGCUACUUUUUCUUUUUAAAUUAGUAAGGUGAAUUUAAUGUUGGAUCAAGACAACAACUUCUACCUGAUAAUUUUGAGUUAACAAGUUCUGGGAACCAGAUAAAGGGUUAGGGGGGUUGUGAUGUCUUUUUUACUUCUGAUCACAGAAUACACAUGCACCCCACAGUAGCCUGCCAAUUGUUAUGAAAUCCAGUGAGAUUUCUAUCUCAUAAGAUAGCUCACAGUAAUCGCUACAUUGACAUAUUUUCCAACAGGUAUAUUACUCAGGAAGGUCACAAGUUAGAUGUUGGUGCACCUAAACCUCCUGUUGCUUUAACAAAUGCUGUCUCAUGGAGAGGAGAGGGUGUGAAAUAUCGCAAAAAUGAAGUUUUCCUGGAUGUGAUUGAAUCAGUCAAUCUUUUGGUAGGCUACCUUUGCUUAAAGUUUCAUGACUAGAAUUUAUAGCAGUAGUCUUGGGGUUAGUUAAUGAACCAAUCAUAGGUUUUUAUUAGGAAAUGUAGGAGCAGGAGAAUAGUAUAAGUGUCUGGAGAGUAUUUUCCAUAUCUAAAUAAAACAGCUCAGAUCAUCAACAUUUAGCUAGAGAAUUUUGCAAGGUAGGUAGAGUAUUCUCUGAUAUCUGAUGCAUGGUUAAUGUUAAUUUCAACCAAGUUCAAUUGUGACAAUCAAAGCUUAGGAGUUAAUAAGAAAGGUUGAAUAUUUCUUUAUUAUUAUUGGGGGGGGAAGGGGUAGGAGUUGUAUAGGUAGAGGCAGAUAAGGACAGUAAAAAGGCAAGUAGAGUAGCAAAACAAACUGAGAAAAUGAAUACGAUGGUGCCCCCUGCAAACCUCCCUGGGACCCCCACUUAACAUUUGUGAGGCAGCUGCAUCAACUUGGUUUUAACCUUGUGGAAUUACAUUAAGCCUCAUUCAGAUGUAAUUCAGUGCUGGUUUCCUUUUAAUUGGUUUGAACAGUUUUGAGUGAGUGACCUUAGUAACAAUAGUUGUUCUAUAAAAUGUAAUCUGGAUUAGGAAUUUUACUUUUGUGACUCUCAAAUGGUGUGCUAAAAUGGCUCCUUAAUCAGUUAAGUGUUCACUGCUGUUACCAUCAUCUUAUGUGUAUGUAUGUUUCAUUUUAGGUUAGUGCAAAUGCUAAUGUGUUACAGAGUGAAAUUGUUGGUGCAGUUAAGAUGAGAUGUUAUCUAACUGGCAUGCCUGAACUGCGGCUGGGAUUGAAUGACAAAAUUUUGUUUGAAAGCACAGGACGUAAGUACUCCUGUGUAUCUGGUAAACCCAUCUGAGAUAGCCUUCCUUUGACUGAAAUCUACUGAUAGGUUCGUUGUUGUGUUCUAUAGUUGCUUUGUGGUAGAUAACCAAUUAAUGCAUGGAAAACAGUGGUUUUCUUUUUUAACUUCUUUGUAUGUGUCCUAUGAUGUGUAGUUUUGGUGAGAAUGUGGCCAUGGUAUGGCUGUGUAGCAGUGCACAGAGCCUUAAUAAACAAUUCAAUUAAAUUCCAUUAAAAAAAAAGGUUGACAACACACAUAUAAUAAUUUUUGGCCAAUAACUGACCAGGAUUUGAUCACAGUUUUUCUCUGUUUAUAUUUAGUUGUUCAAUAGGUAAUUAUGACUUUUUUGUUUACAUUACGAAUGUGCUAAAUUAUAGAUUUUGCUUUUGACAGUUUGAUUAAAAAAAUUACAUCUUUUGUUUUUUACAGGAAGCAAGAGCAAAGCAGUAGAACUGGAGGAUGUCAAGUUUCAUCAGUGUGUCCGUCUGUCUAGAUUUGAGAAUGAUCGCACAAUUUCUUUCAUUCCUCCUGAUGGUGAAUUUGAACUGAUGUCCUACAGACUCAACACACAUGUAAGAGUUUUGUGGCAUGUUGGAAAAAUCCUUGAAUUACUGAGUGUUUCUAUAGUAUUAUUGCAUUGUUUCAUUGAAUAAUGAAGACAGCAAGACAGGUUAUUUUUCACAAUAAUAAUAAUGAUGAUGAAGGUUUAUUGAAAUACAUGUCAUGGCACAGAGUGAAAUAAUACCUUAUUUACAAUAAAAAAAAUUGAAAAAAAAUUUUACAAAUUAAAUGUGGUGUCCUUUCUCUUCGGUUUAUCUGCCUCUAUUUUAGGUGAAACCCUUGAUUUGGAUCGAGUCAGUUAUUGAGCGUCACUCUCAUAGCAGAGUAGAGUACAUGAUUAAGGUUGGUUGAAAGAAAGUUUUAGUUACAUAUUAAUAGAGUGGUAAGGUGAGAUUGGGAAAUAUUUGGCUCAAUGUCUUGACUGAGAGCUGAACAUUUUCCGUUGACCACAAUCUAAGUGAGUCAGUAAACAGUUUAUAAUUUGUGACUUCCACUUUUUGUCUUUCUUCCUUCCCUCUUGAAUUCUGCAUCUGGCAGGGCUGUACCCAAGGUCAGGUGGCUUUAUACGCCCUCACUUGCCUGCACGGCGGACGAGUUUGCGUAAUACGCUCCAAAUCAUUUACACGGCCGGACAUGUUUGAUUUAGAGUUAGAUUGUACGGUGGGGAAGGACAACGUAAACAUAUUCGCAUAUUUAGGGAGGCUCAUGUUGCAAAUUUUGGCUACCUGUUGUGUUAGUAAUAAAUAGAUGAAUAAUUAAGUAAAUCAAUGGAUAAAUAUUUGAAUGAAUAAACAAGAAAUAGGUAGAAAAUUUUUUAAUGAUUGUUUUGUUUUAUACACAGGCCAAGAGCCAAUUCAAGCGGCGUUCGACUGCCAACAAUGUUGAGAUUCAUAUUCCUGUUCCUCCAGAUGCUGACUCUCCUAAAUUUAAAGUAAUAUUUUUUAUUGAACAUUUUCCCAUAUGUCUGUUUUCUGUACAAGUAUUUUGUCAUUGAAGUAGUGGUAGGCACCCUAAUCACUAAUGUCAUAUCCUUUCUCAGCAAACAGUAGGAGUUGUAAAGUACACCCCAGAGGACAAUGAAAUCGUGUGGAAUAUGAAAUCCUUCCCGGUAAGUACAAAUGGUAGAAUUAAGCCAAGUACAAGUACAUUGUAUGUAACCCAGGUCCUAGUUAAAAGCGCUGCGACACGAGCGUUUUUCGCCCGUGAGUAAGUUUGAGGCCUGGAGCAAAGCAAGCUGAUAGGGAUGCAAAGGAUUUGGAAUUAUUAAUGACUUUAUCAGUGCCAGUGCCAGACCGCUCGCUAGCGUGCGACUAGGAUCUCCCUAUUAGCGCCACGGCACGGACGUUUUUUCGUCCGUGAGUAAGUUUGAGGCCUAAAGCAAAGCGAGCUGACCAGGCCAUCUGUAGUAACGCUGCCGGAAGCGCCUUUCUUCUUCCCGCAAGAAGAUUUGAUACAAGUCGGGGAGAGGUUUGCCAGGGGAGUCUGGCACUAAUGGUGAGGUGCUAGACACCUUGCAGACUUCUCACCGGUUCACGUUGCGUUGCGCUGGUAACCCUUUAAACCCCUUAAGUCAUAAUGCAUAUUCUCCAUACUGUUCUUUAUACAUUUCCUAGGGUGCCGUCGAGGAGAAUUUGUUUACUGAUCAAAAGCUUCUUUUGUUGGGCAUCAUUUCCUUCAUUCUCAUGACCCUCUUGUGUGAUUCAGGGGUGAUAUUGUAGGGAGAAUUCAGAUGUUAGUCACUGUUAGGGUUAAAAGGAUUAAUGAGGGCUUGUUCAUAGGCUAAUGUCCAACAAGUUUUUUUAUUGUGGGAAAGGCGUACUAGAGAGUAAUAUUCAAAUGUAGAAUUGGUUCUUCGUUAUUUUUUCCCCAACAGGGAGGGAAAGAGUUCUUGUUGAGAGCUCAUUUCAGGCUGCCAAGUGUGGAUUCAGGUUAGUCAAGUUUAAGGUGGUAGGUGUACAUGUAACUUCUCCUCACAAUGCCAUUACAACUCAGUUGAGAACUGAUAAAGGCAUCAGCAGAUGGAGAAAGUUACCUUGAUUUAUCGCCUAAGGAAAUGUUCAUUAGUCAUAAGAGAAUUCUUUGGCUGCUACGCAGAAACUUUCCUGCUAAAUUUCGACGGCCUAAACUAUGUUUCAUUCAGAUGAGGAGUUUAUUCUCCUGUGGAGCAGCCGAACAUGUCAUUAGAAACCCAAGAAUUAGAACCGCCAUCUCAACCUCAUCAUAAGAUGAACUUUCGCACAAUUUCUCAUUUGCGUUACUGAGAAUUCCGCACACGUUGGUUCAGUAAUCUUGGAUUGUAUACUUGCACUUGAUCCAGGCUUUAUUGUCGACAAUUCAGCAUUACACGUUCCGUUCUACGAUCUAACUAUUAUAAUCCAAUCUAACUUGAGGUUCCGAAAAUUGUUACAUUUAUUAGCUACGGAAAUCCACACCCACAUAUGUAAUUCCGUUUCGGAUUCAAGACUUGCACACGUUCUACAACGAUUCGUGGGCACUAAUUUCCUAUCAAACGUGGGUUUACUUGACAAUCAUGCUGCUAGGUUCCUACUCGCUUGACGCCCUGGAAAUAAUUAAUUGGAUACAUCACUGCUCGCAGAACUAAUUUGAUUAUCGUACGCCGCUUCCCAUUACAUGCUACUUUAAUUGUAACGUUAGCACUGUACGAAAUCACAACUUACUUGAUACGCAAUCAAAAAUAUGUUAAAUCAAGGAUAUCAAUGUUGAGCGUUGAAAGGUUCCACGACAUGAGCUAACUCAGUGAACAAUAUUUAAUGAAGCAGCAUCCUUUUUUUUAUUGCAGAGGUCGAUGAAGGUAGACCACCCAUCAAGGUCAAAUUCGAAAUUCCUUACUUUACAGUAUCUGGCAUUCAGGUAACCGUCGAACAAUGUGUCUAAAAUUUAAGAAUCAUUUGAGGAAUUUUCUGGGCACAAAUGUUUUCACUUUGUUACCUACCUGUGUGGUGGCAUAAAACUUUAAUGCUUUCAACUGUGGAGAUUCUCCCCAUUUCAAGUUCACUUAUAAUUUAAAAGAACUGUUUUGCCUUUCCCUAGAGUUUCUCUUUGUCCAAUAAUACUUUGUGUUCUGCUUCUAUAAAGCAGAUUACUUGUUUCACUUUGCAGGAUAUUCAAUAUUAUAUCUUUUUUCUGAUAAUGUAGCUAGUGUUACACAGUAUACAACGAAUAGUUAACGCUCGAGACGUCAGCGUUUCAUGAUUCGCUGUGUUGGUUUACGUAUCUUGGUCAAAUUAUAGCUGAUGACCAACUAGUUAUUUCACUUAACCGUCGACGAAUUUUCUUUAGAGACUGUUCACCAAAGUCGAUUUAAUCUGAUAUUUGCGCAGUGAAAUGCGAGAUUUCUAAUGGAAAACAAUGGCGACAAGACGUUUCAUGUAUGUCGUUCGAAUUUCAGUAUUAAUGUUUGUGCUUGGUAGGUCUAAAACUGAAUAAGUUUGUUUAAGUUGAUUCGGUUGACAAGCAAUCAAAUGUUGUAUAUGCACGUUUAGCUGUUACGUCAACAGGUAUAUGAUAGUAUCAUGUGCCAAGGACUAAAACUUAUUUUUACUGGAUAGGUCCGUUAUCUCAAGAUUAUAGAAAAGAGCGGCUACCAAGCUCUUCCUUGGGUUCGUUACAUCACCCAAAAUGGAGGUUAG